UCAGAGUUGCUGGCCAACAGUUUCCCGAGUGACAGCUAAACAGCUACACUGCUGUAUGAAAGAAACGUCUGAGUGAAGCUAUUGCAUCUAAUAUAAAAUAUUGCGUUUUUCUAACAAUGGAGGACUACCAACCUAACGAUGAGGUUUCCUUUAAUGCAGAUGAAGCCAGCAACUACGUGAAAGAGUGCAUUGAAAGUGUCAUUGGUGGGGUGGACUACAAUCAAAACAAAGUGAACCAGUGGACAGCCAGUAUUGUGGAACACUCUCUAACUCAGCUUGUUAAACAAGGCAAACCUUUUAAAUACAUUGUAAACUGUGCUGUAAUGCAGAAGAGUGGAGCUGGUCUACACACAGCCAAUUCCUGUUACUGGGACACCACUACGGAUGGAAACUGCACAGUAAGAUGGGAGAAUCGGACCAUGUAUUGCGUCGUCUCUGUUUUUGCAGUUGCUGUCACCCUGUAGCUGUUUGAAAGCUGGACAUGAACACACACUCACACAGACACACCAAAGCCUUGACGAUCUAAUGCUGUUUUUGACAUUAAAUGAGUGUAACAACAUAAGGACCAAGAAUUAGUUGUUAAUGAACACACAGGUAUGUACUCUUCUAGAACCAUGCACCCAACCUACAGGGAGGGUUACUUGAAUGGCUGCUUUAGUAGGAAAUGGAUGGAAGGGUUGAAUGUCACAACUAAGGGGCUAUGUUUUUUGAUAAGGAAUUGUUAAUGAACACACAGGUAUGCACUGUUCUGGAAUCCCAAGCUAGUAAAUGACUCUCUUUCCCAUUAUUUAAUUUGUUUAUUGAUAUUCUGUGAUGAAAGCACUCUUAACACCAGGGCCUCUUGUUCUGGGGCAGCUGGUUUUGCCAGAUAUUCCUCCUUACGAUAUCUUGGCACUGUCUUAAAAGUUCAGCAUAGAAACCCAAACUUUUUAAUUUUUUGGGGGGAGGGGUGUUGGUGGUGGUGGUGGGGGGCUGUUGGGUGGGGCUUGUGUGUCUCAAGUGGUGCUGAGUGACUUUCAUGGUAUCAGCCAGUUGAUAUUAGUAUACAAUAACAACACUAAAGCAAGUCAUUUUAUUAUUACCAUUUUCUUUACAAAAAUGUCUUAUUUAAUUAUUAAAGAGCAGCAUUAUUAUUAUUAUUAAGAUCCUGAAACAGCAAAUUCAAAUACCCCUUCAUAACAAAGGACAACAUUGUUAAAUUGUGUGUGCCAUUUUCCAGAUUCUUGUGCAUUCUGUUUAGAUUAUGGGUACAGUGUUUACAAUUUUAAACCACAACCAAGUCCAUAAAUAUGAUGUACAUUAUUUCAGUUUAAGAAAAAUCAGUUUUGCGUAGUGAGAAUAAAUUCUUCAUUUUGUUGGAGGCGAUGCAAAUGAUUGUAUGAAGCCAUGUAAAAAUGUGUGUGAACAGCAGGGGGCUGUCUUACCCAUACACAUGCUUUAAUAUUGAACUAUGAACUUUCUUCUAGCAGACCUGGGAGAAAUAGCUAUAAUAGAGAUUACUUUGCAAAUACUUCUGCAGUCUUGGUUAACCAACUCAAUAUAUAGAUCAGUUGAUUUUAUGAGUAAAUAAUACAAAGUUAUAUAAGUCAGGUGGAUGACUUUUUUUCUCCUUUAAUGAUCAAAACUGAUUGUGCAUUUUUUUUUUUUUUUUUUUUUGCAAUGUGCAGUAAUUUAUUGUUUCACCUGCAGCUUGUAUUAACUGGAUAUGUUAAUUCUCACUCUUAGUUGAAAUAAACUGGUUUGUGGUAUUAUUGUAUUCUCUGUGAUGCAUUUCAUAAUUCAUUUGUAAACACUGCAAAAAAUAUGUAAUACUUCAACCUUAAUAAAGCUUAAGUUAUAUUCAGGAUUGUGAAAGCUCGCUGUUUUACAUUGAAGAAACUGUAAAACUGGAUAACAUGAAAUGUCUCUUUAAUAAUGCAAUCAGCUGAGUAGUAAUGUCCUCUUCAUGCUUCUGUAGGAUAUAUGACACACUGUUAAUAAAAGGUAAUAAUCAUACGAUAUACUAUGACAGUGACAUUUAUUUAAAGCACUGUACAUCAAGUUGUGUUUUAACUAUUUUGUAUAUGUAUGUAUGAAGGAAAAACAUAAAUCAUAAACUAAUGACUGUCAAGCCAAUCGUCUGCCACACUCACUAAACUUGCCUGGGAAGUCUCUAACAGGACUCAUCAUACUCAUGACCAAUAGGGUUCGCUGAAGCACCACGUGAUUUUCCUCCUCAGCCUAUGGGUGUGCAAAGGCCAGUGCAGAGCUUCCCAACCAAGACGAGCCCUCAGCCAAGAUAAGCCUUUAACAAUUAUAAGCUGGUUAUUACAAGUUUUUAACAUUAAAAUAUGCUACAUGCUGUUGUACUGGAAUAUACCAUGAUGCAAACAUAUUGGUUAAAUCACGUAUACAGUAAUGUGUAGUAAAGAAUGAAACCAUUAUGAGCACACCUAAUCCAGAGUAAAAACAGUAAACUGUAAAGGAUUUAACUUUGUGGAUACUUCACUUUCCUUUCUCCAUCCUGUAAAUCCAGUGUCUCCCAAAUAAAUUUGUUUUUGGAACCAGUA